UCCUAGAAGGAUGAGGGGAGUAUGCCUGGUCUGUCAUAUUGUGUAGCCUACUAGCUCGACUUAUCACGGGGACUUUUGCCAAACAAUGAAUUUCUGUCAGAGAAAAUAGUAAGUAGUUAAGAUAAAUAAAAAUAAAAAAAAACAAGGAAAAAGACAACCGGGAACAUUGAGGCGUCGCGACAGAAAAUUACGCAGGAUGGGCGAGCGGUCGGACACUGCUUUUAAAACCACUGGAUCCAAGUGGCUGCUGCCUGUCAGUGAAUACUUGGGCUUUCCCCUUGAUCAGGUGAAUUUUAUGGUGUGCCAGCUGUUUGCCCUGGCUGCUGCCUUCUGGUUUCGUCUCUACCUCAGUCCUAGCCAUGCCAAUCCAUUGGUCAGGCACGCUGUGGCCACUCUCCUUGGCAUUGCUUUUCUCAUCUUCUGCUUUGGAUGGUACUCAGCUCACAUCCUGGCAGUGGUGGUAGCAAGCUACUUGAUCAUCAACAAAGCUGACAUCAACAAUGUACACAGGUAUUCCAUGGUGACGGCUAUGGGCUACUUGACACUGUGCCAAGUGAGCAGAGUCUUUAUCUAUAACUAUGGAGUUCUGUCCACUGACUUCUCUGGGCCUCUGAUGAUAGUAACCCAGAAGAUAACCACACUGGCUUUCCAGCUCCACGACGGUAUGUGUAAGAAAGCUGAACAACUGACCCCAGAGCAGAAGCCUCUGGCUAUAAAUGUAAGGCCUUCUCUCAUCGAGUAUCUGAGCUACAAUCUGAACUUCCUGAGUGUAUUGGUGGGACCAUGCAGUAACUAUAAGGAAUACAUAGACUUCAUCGAGGGCAGACACAUCAGCAUAAGGCUUAGGCAGCACUCUGGGAUGUGUAAUGGGCAGAAUGGUUAUGAUAAGACACCGGAGCCAUCACCUCUGAACGCUGUCUGUCGAAAAUUGCUGGUUUGCAGCGGAUGCAUGCUGUUCUUCCUCACAGUGACUCGGUCCUUGCCGAUAAAGUACAACGUGGACCCCCACUUUGUCAGCCAAGCCCCCUUCCUCACAAGGCUCACCUACGCUUUCUUCUCCAUUCAAGCAGCAAGGCCCAAAUUCUACUUCGCCUGGACACUGGCUGAUGCAGUCAACAACGCUGCAGGUUAUGGUUUCUUGGGGAUGGAUGAAAAUGGAAAGCCAUCUUGGGACCUCAUGUGCAACCUCAACAUCUUGGGGAUUGAGACCGCCACUAGCUUUAAGACAUUCAUAGACAACUGGAAUAUUCGAACAGGAAUUUGGCUCAAAACGGUGUGUUAUGACCGAGCACCCAAACACAGGUUGGCGUUGACCUUUAUCCUGUCUGCCCUGUGGCACGGUGUUUAUCCAGGGUACUAUUUCACCUUCAUCACUGCCAUCCCCAUCACCAUGGCAGCACGAGCUGUACGUAAGUCAGUUCGCCACUACUUCCUGGGCUUCAGAGGCUUGAAGCUAGGUUACGACAUUUUAACUUGGGCUGCCACCCAGCUGGCCAUCUGCUACACCGUUAUGCCUUUUCUACUUCUUGCAGUAGAGCCCACUUUGGUUUAUUACAGGUCUAUGCACUUCCACGUUCACAUCAUCAGCAUUCUGGCUGUGAUCGCCCUGCAUCGGAAACACAAAUCCAGUGAACCCACUGCCACCACCAAAACGUUUUACUCCUCCUCCUCCUCCUCCUCCUCCUCGUCUUCGUGCUAUGCCCAGUGCCAGCCUGUUCACUCUAACAACAAUGACAAAGUAGACUGAAAAUCCCCACUUCACGUUCUUUUACCAGGCUCUCAUUCAAGGGUGAAUAUCGCUUAAGGGCAUUCAGCCAACUUAAAAUGGGAAAACAUUAUUUAAUUUUGGGACUAUACAGAGUUAGGAAAAAACUAUGAUGGUACAUAAUGAUGCAGGACUUGAACCUAUGACACUGGAUGCACAUGGGGAGAGAUACCAUAUAGUAAGGUUAACAAGAUCAGAAACUGAAUCUGAUUCUAAGAGAACACAUUAAACACAAGCAAAGCAGGCAGACUGAAAAUAAAAACACUAGCUAAGGGAACGUCUCUGGUACCACCACCACCCCCAGGACGCUGGCCUCCUUCCACUUUUCCCUCCACCUGCCCCCCCCCCCUCCAUGCCCAUCUCUUCAUCAUCUUACAGCCUGCCUGUUCAAACAACAAUGAAACAGUGUGAAGAGAGAAAGGAGGCUGACUUUCUUUCCUGUCCUAUCUCCGAGUCCAGCACAGUGGGAGAGCAGCUCAUAAACGGUGCACAAAUACCAGGACACACACAAACUCAUGCAUUACCAGACAGACACUAGGACACAAGUAUGCACAAUCUCUCUCAGACACGCUCCUACUUGGUCACACUCUGAUGGCACACAAAGGCUGCGCUUGUGUGGCCCCAGGCAGCAAGAGCAUACCAAGAGGCCUGGUGUGUGUGUGUGUGUGUGUGUGUGUGUGUGUGUGUGUGUGCGCUUGUGUGUGUGGUCAUUGUGAAAAACUGCAGACUGUGUUGGUAUGGGUGGACCGACAUGGCAAUGGAAUACAAAUUAUACAAUGCAGCUCUCAAACUGUCCAGUAAAACUAUUAAAAAAGUAUUUUAAGGCAGGAUGGCAGCUCUUCCAGGUGAGGAGACUAUCCUGUAGGACACCAGAAUGGUUAAUAUGACCAAGAAUAGGAAUUUAUAAAUCAAAUAUAUUUCUUCUCAGUAGGAGCAUGUUGCUGUUUAUUUUUGUUCUGUGGUUCUUUCUGAGAAAGAACAUGUUUGGAAACUGUAGAUUUACUAGAGCUUAUCAGCAGCUGCAGGUUGAUUUAACAGAGACAUCUGCUGGUUGUUUGUACUGUCUGAACUGCUGAAUGAAGCAAUGAAGGUAAGCUCAUUUGCACUGACUGAAACUACCGCGCUGCAGCAUAUCCCAAUGCAACUUCAUACCAACUAUAAGCAGAAAGCACAUUUUUCCUCUGAUAUUACAAUUGUUCACCACAAUUGUUCAAUUUCUCCUCUUCACUAUUUUUAUCUUUGCACAAUCGGAAGUUAUUUAAUCAGAGGUUGAUGCUUAUGAUUAGAGAUGAGCUAAGCACGGUGAAAACAAAAAUAUACAUUCACGUUUUUAAAUGAUUCAUUAUUCUGUUAUUUUUUGUUAUCAAGAAGUUAUCACUCCUAAGAGUGGCACAGUGGCUUGGUUAUUAAUGGUGCUACCUGCCGCAAGCUAGCAUGUUAGCUUUUAACUACAUACUGUAUAUGGGUUGGUUAUAAUAAGGUGUGCUAACAAUGCUAACGCUGCAAUGUGAGAAUAUUGUUUUGGUUGUGUAACAGUACCUGGUGAAGAAUAAUGACAUUGCAAUUGUCAGGCUAUGCAUUUUAUGGGUUGCCUAAUGAAAAUGCAAUUUCUUUCCACGGGUAUAGCAUGCAAACAGCAUAUUUGUCUGUUGAAUCAUGUUGGAGACACAAUCUUUAUGCAUUGUAUUACCUGCUUUAGAUUUUAAUACCAACCUUUUUGACUUUGCCUGUUUGGGCUCAGUUUGGACUCAACCCUCUUCAUUUGUAAAGCCUCAGCGUACAGCAUGUUUAUACAAGAAAAAGAAGAAAAAACAUCAAACAUUUAUAUGUCAAAGAUUACAUCUGUGUCAUAUAAAAAUCACACUUCUUUGCUGUGACAAGGACCUUGUUCACAGAUAGUGAAGUGUUGACACGAGGGGGCGGGGAGGGGGGGGGGCGCAUUCAUCAAAAUAACAUUUGAUUAUUAAAUAAAUACAGCAGGGGAAUUAUUUAAGAUUUUGUUGAUUAUUUUAAUGUUUACCUGCACAUUAGUACCUCUCUUGGAGUUAAUGAAGCAUCAGUAAUGCCUGCUGUGGGGACCUGUAGAAAGAGGCAAGAGGCCUGAAGUUAUAAACCUAAAUGCUGAUGGUAAUGCCCCAUCCCCAUGACAGCCACUGUCAAAAACCUACUGCAACUAAGCUCAAGAGGUUUCUGUGUGCUGGAAAGUGUUUCCAAGUAUGGUUUGCUCUAACAUAAACUUGUUUGUUCUUUUUAUGAAGCAAAGCCUUUAUUAAUUGAUGUGGAACUAGCUGUAGCCUUUAAAUGUGUUGUUAUCAAUAAUAUGUUCACUGAACUGUAUAGUUUGCCAGUCUGCAUGUUGGCAAUGUGUUCUUAGUGCAGGAAAAUGAGCGAUGAGUGGCACAUACACAUUGUGACUGUGUUAAAAUGAGCAGCUAUUUGAAUGAUGUAAUACUGAUUAUACAGAUAUUUUUUUUUAUGUGUUUUUGCAAAUGUAUGCGUGAUCACUGACUGAGAGUGUGUGCUGUUCCACUGUAGUAUUGUUUGUAUGGAGGAAAGAGUGAGUGGCAUAAAAAGGUUCGAGUAACAAAUAAAGCUUCAGUAAAAGAAA